GCCAUUGCUUCAACAUUCCCACAUCUGUCACUCUGUCUGUCUGUCCAUUUUUUCUUCCAACCAUUUCCCCUUUUUAGAUAGAUAGCAAUCCAACUACAAUUUCAUCUCUCUCUCUCAUCUUUCGUUUCCAUUUCCAUUAAUGGAUGAUUAUAAUUUACAUCCUAAAGCAUCUUUGUCUGUGAAAGACGAAGCAAUAAUGCUCAUUCACUCAGACCAGUACGCCGGUGGAAGCGGUGGUGGCGUUGAUGGGUUUAGUUCCUCUCCGGCGACUGGCCAGGGUAGUUUUGUUAGUGAUACGGCGCCGCCGUUUAUCAGGAAAACAUUCGAAAUGGUUGAGGAUAAAGAAACAGACGGAAUAAUCUCAUGGAGUUCUUCACUCAAGAGUUUCAUUGUUUGGGAUCCUUUUCAAUUCUCACGCAAUCUUCUCCCUACUUAUUUCAAGCACAACAACUUCUCUUCCUUCAUUCGCCAACUCAAUACCUAUGGUUUCAAGAAGGUUGAUUCGGACAGAUGGGAAUUUGCGAAUGAAGGGUUUCAAGGAGGAAAGAAGCAACUAUUGAAAAACAUCAAGAGAAGGAAGCAGCAUCAACAGCAAUCAGAGCUUACUAUAAAGGAGCUAAGGAAGGAUCAAACUGAAUUGAAGAUGGAAGUAUUGAAGAUGAAAGAGGAGCAAGAGAUGGCUAAUAUCAAUCUGGCUAAAGUGGGAGAUAGGAUUAAGAAUUGUGAAUACAAACAACAAAAGACUUUCUUAUUCAUGGCCAAAGCAUUCGCUAGCCCGGUCUUUCUUCGUCAAAUAGUGCAUAAUCUGAGACAGAUAAGAACACAGAAGAUGAUGAUGAUAGAUGAUGAGGCGAAAAUGGUCAGAAAGAAACGGAAAUUGAUUGAUCAAGAAGAAGAGGAACUGAAGAACAUGGAGCAUGAAGUGCAGAUACUUUCAUAUGAUUCAAUGGAUGGAGGAGAAGGAGAAGGAAGUACUAGUGAAAAUAACAGUGAAUACAUUCUGUGGGAGAAAUUACUUGAAGAUGAUAUGAUCAUAUGUGAAAAUAAGAAGGAUAAUGAAGAAGAAAAAGAAGCAGCUGACAUUAGUAUUGUUCGGGAAUUGGAGGAUUUGAUUAUCCACCCCAAUGGAUUUUGAAUUGUCUAGGCUAGACUGUGCUUUGUUUGUUUGUUAGUUAGUUACAUGUUAAUAUUAAUACCUGUCUCUGUCUUUUUUUUAACACCCAUGUAUAUAUAAGUUACUACAUAAUUCAGUUUCAGUUGUAAGCCCAGUUUGUUCAGUGUUAUGUUGGAGACUAUUCCUGCCACAAAUCUAUGUUUUUUUUUCUUUC